UUUGUCGGGCAACCUGCAAAAAGUACUACGGCAAUAUCAAACACCUCACGAACAAGAGUCUGGCAAGCCUCGUGAGGGAUGCGAGACUCGAGAAUCGGAGAUCAAGACGAUUGGGUAGUACGACAAGAAGGUUGCGGCGACCGAGGACACACUGAAGCCACGAGCAGUCUGGGCAUGCGGCAAUAGGAAAACAGCGACUGGCGCGAUUGGGCGAGUGUUUGUAUACACUUGCGGCAAUGCGAACAGUCUUGCCAGAGAAAUGGGGCAAAGCGUUGGAGUGUUGGAGGGAUGUUGUUUCGACAUCAAGGUCGAGACGCGACGCGCUACAGGCAGCGGAGUUUUCCAGCGCCGGUCUCUUUCUUGGCGCGACACUUCCAAUAAUGACGCAGCGCGACGAGAUGCAUUUUAUGAAAAGGCACAAUUCACCAACCAUUGCUACCAACUUGAGGGUCUUCUUCAAGACUUUGGCGACUCUCAUUGUUUACUAUGUAGCACGAAUAGCGCUAAGUGUUGUGUCUCAUCAUAGAUACUAAGCAAAGUCCAGCACAUGGAGAGUUGGAUUGACGAUUAGGCAA